UUAUUACAAGAAGAGAGGUUAUGUUGUUUACUAUAAAUUUAUUAAUUUAUAAAGCCACUUAUUAUUACAUAAGUUAAAAGAAAAAGAAAAAGAAAUGGAUGCAUAUGAACUUUUUCGAAAGCUCUCUACUGGUGUAAAGUUUGACAAAAAACGUUUUCAAACUGAUGCAGAAAGAUUUCAGCUCCUUAAAAAGCAGCUUGAAAGUAUACCUAAGAAUGAAAGGAAAAGUAUUACAACAUUCAAUGAUACAAACUGUUCAAUGAUAUCCAUGAAAAGAAAGCACAAUGAAAUUGAAGAAGAUAGAGAAAACAAUGAUGAACUAAUAUUACUUAAUGGAAUAUCUGUUCCUAAGAAUGGAAAUAAAAUUAAAUCUAAGAAACUUAAAAUAUCUAUAACAGAAGAGAAAGGAUUAAAAUUAAAACAGGAAAAGAUUAAUCAAUUCCGAAAUCAGCAUCGCAUAAGCAUUACAGGUAGCCGCAUACCUGAACCUAUUUCAGAAUUUAUCAAACUAUCAACGUGUUAUGGUGUAUCUGAACAAUUAUUAAACAAUGUUAUAAAUUGUGGUUAUGUGCAUCCAACACCGAUUCAGAUGCAAGCUAUACCUAUUAUGUUACAGAAUAGACAGGUACUAGCUUGUGCUCCAACUGGAUCUGGAAAAACAGCUGCAUUUUUGUUACCCAUAAUUCAUCGCUUAGGUGGGCCACAGAAGAAGGGAUUUAGAGCUGUUAUUUUAUGUCCAACAAGAGAAUUGGCAAAACAAACAUACAGAGAAUGUUUGCGUCUUAGCGAAGGUUUUAACUUUAGAAUUCAUAUUAUAAGCAAAGUAAAUCAAGCGCUACAUAAAUAUGGUCCCAAAAGUUCACAAAAAUUUGAUAUAUUAAUUACUACACCAAGAAGAAUAAUAUUCCUUUUAAAUCAAGACCCACCAGCUAUUUCUUUCAAGAAUGUUGAAUGGCUAAUUGUGGACGAAGCAGACAAACUUUUCGAAGAUGGAACACGAUGCUUCAGAGAUCAGUUAGAAAUAAUUUCAAAAGCAUGUACGAAUGAAAAAUUAUGUAGGGCAAUGUUUAGUGCAACCAAUACUCCUGUAGUAACUAAAUGGUGUCGCCAUAACUUGAAAGGUCUUGCAACAGUUACCGUCGGUCACAGAAAUGCUGCAACUGAUUUAGUAGAACAAGAACUUUUAUUCGUUGGGGCAGAAAGGGGAAAACUUGUAGCACUUCGAAAUAUCAUUCAAAAGGGAGUAUUACCGCCUGUUUUGGUUUUUGUCCAAAGUAAAGAAAGAGCUCAUGAAUUAUUUAACGAACUUAUAUACGAUGGAAUUAACGUUGAUGUUAUUCACGCCGACAGAACGCAGUCACAGCGAGACAAUGUUGUUCGUUGUUUUAGAGAAGGAAAAAUAUGGGUUUUAAUAUGUACGGAAUUGAUGGCAAGAGGCAUUGAUUUUAUAGGUGUAAAUCUUGUUAUAAAUUAUGAUUUUCCACCAUCUGUCAUUUCGUAUGUUCAUAGAAUUGGUCGUACCGGUAGGGCUGGACAUCGAGGGAAAGCAAUUACAUUUUUUACUAAACAAGACACUACAAAUCUGCGAAGUAUAGCUGCUGUUAUGCGACAGUCUGGGUGUAGUGUUCCUGACUAUAUGUUGGCUAUGAAAAAACAUAGUAAAAAAGAAAAACGAAAGCUUGAACAUAAAGCUCUUGUUAGAGAAAAAAUAUCUACCAUACCAAAAUUUAAACGCAUACGUAAUAAAGAAAGAAUGAGAGAAUUUCUAGUCAAAAGCAACACGAAUGAGAGAUAAAAA